CUAUCUGAAUUUCGAACCCGAAAGGAAUUUCUCACCUGUUUAGCGAACUCUCUGCAAAGCCAAACCCUAACUCUUGCAAACCCAAUUCAAUUCCCAGCCAACAUGACCAGCGAUUCCAGUGACCCUGCUCGUCGCAAGCACCACCAUUCCUCUCAUUCCGAUGUCGAAACUGACGAGCCUUCGAAGCGUCGUAAGCACGGUCACCACCACCACCACAGGCGUCGCCACCAUCGCCACCACGGAAAGAAGCCCGAAGAGAUUGAUUCGAAACUAGAAACGGAGGUUAAGGAGGCUGAGGUUGAAAUUGAGGGCGGAAAGGAGGUCCUUGGAAGCGGAGCAGUGGGUGUGGCUAUGAGCAGUUCGAAUUUGGGGAUCGAUUAUGAUAUGGAGGAAGGGGAGAUUAUUGAGGACGAUGUUCCACCUAAUUCUGCUGCUUAUGAUGUUGCUGAAGAUACUGAGAACAGGAAAUUGAGUUCGGACAUGGACCGUCAUGAAGCUCAUGCAGAAGGGCCUAAUUUUGGUAUGCCCAUUGAAAAGAAAGUGGAAGAAGUUGACAGAAGUAAGAAUCACGAGGGGUUGAGUUGGGAAGGAAUUUCUUGUGAAAAAUAUCUUGCCAAUGGGAACUUGGUUGGUGGGCGCCAUAAACAUGAGGGAAAAUGUUCUCCUAUUGAAGAAAGUAGGACACAAAAGCAUUACUAUGGUGAUGGAAAUGAUUUAAAGGACUGGAAAAGAUCUUUGACACCUGACAAUGCUGGGAAGAGGCGCAAGACUGCCAAGGUUGCAUUACCUCGUGAUGGAUAUGAAGACGAGGGUCCUUAUGGAAAGGAUUCAAAAUCACCUGAUCGGUCUAGAGGGUUGCCACAAUCUCAAAGCACUUCUGAGGAGGUUUCUAUUUCAGAAGUGUUUCAUAAGCCAGAGGAUGUAUUUUAUAAAGAUAGGAAAUCUAAGGGUGAUAAGGACUAUGAAAGAGUGACUGGACUCGUCAGAGACUAUUGCCAUGGCAGCCAAGAUUUUUUGAAGGAAAAAGAAAGAGAGCGCAGUUCUAGUCGUAGCAGAUAUAGUAGCCAAGAUGACAGGCUUCAUAGUCAUGAGACUACUGAAAGGUAUAGGGAAGGAAGCCGAGAGAUUGAUAGGGAUCGAACAAAAAAUAGAGACAGGGAGAGGGGAAGGACACGAGGAAAGGAAGGAGACAGAGUAACUGAGAGAAAUAGGGAAAGGGAGAGGGUAAGGCAAAAGGAAAUGGAAAGAGGUAGAGCUCGUGAGAGGGAGAGGGUAAGGGAAAAGGAAAUAGAAGAAGAUAGAGCUCGUGAGAGGGAGAGGGUAAGGGAAAAGGAAAUAGAAAGAGAUAGAGCUCGUGAGAGGGAGAGGGAGAGGGAUAAUUAUAGGGGCAGGCAAUGGGAUAAUGACCGCAAGAGGGAGAGGGAGAGGGAGAGUAGGUGGGAAAGUGAUAGGGAAAGCAGCAGAGGUAGAAGUAGGGACAAAGAGAGGGACAAGGAGACUGAUAGAUACCGCAGGGCCAAUAAAUAUGAUGAUCUUGGUAGUAGCUAUGGUGAUCGAGAUAAGUUUAGUGUUUCCAGGCGCAUUAAGGAUGAUGGGACUGGCCACAGAGAGAAGAAAAAUGAUCCAGUAAUCAAGAGUUCUGACCAUAAACUUCAUGAAAUUGAAACUGAUAUAUCUAAAAGAGAUGAGGAUGAACAGGACUAUCAGGAAGAGAUUUCAUUUCAACUUGCUGAACACGAAGAAGAGGAAGAACUAGACAGGAUUAAGGAGGAGAGUAGGAAGCGCAAGCAAGCCAUACUUGAAAAGUAUAAGAAUCUACAGUUGCAUCCUAAAACUCAAUUGGAAGACACUGCUAAGGAGGUAAUUGAGCAUUCUUCUGAGCUUGAAGUUGGUGGAAACCAUAUGCCAGAAGCUGUUUAUUAUAGAGCUGAUGGUGGAGAAAGCCAUUCUGGUGACAAAGUAAUUUCUGUUGGGAAAUCACCUAACCAAGAAAGGUUUGCUACAAAUGAUCAGAAUUCUGGAGCUGGUGGAUUGGGACAGGGUACUCCGAAGAGUGAGAGAUCAAAUGACAUGUUCUGUGAUGACAUAUUUGGAGAAUCACCUGCAGCAGUUCAUAAAACUGGUAAAGGAGAUGGUUUGAUAAUUGAGCGUAGUGGCCUGCAUGAUAACUGGGAUGAUGCAGAAGGCUAUUAUAGUUACCGUUUUGGAGAAGUACUUGAUGGCCGAUAUGAGAUUAAUGCUUCACAUGGAAAAGGUGUGUUCUCCGCAGUUGUCCGUGCUAGAGAUCUCAAAGCUAAACCUGGUGACCCUGAAGAGGUUGCAAUUAAAAUGAUACGUAAUAAUGACACAAUGUAUAAGGCAGGUAUGGAAGAGUUGGUGAUAUUGAAGAAGUUGGUUGGUGCAGAUCCUGAAGACCGGCGCCACUGUGUUCGUUUUCUUUCUAGCUUCAAGUACCGGAAUCAUCUGUGCUUGGUUUUUGAGUCUCUUCAUAUGAAUCUACGUGAGGUUUUAAAGAAGUUUGGCCGUAAUAUUGGACUAAAACUUACUGCUGUGAGGACAUAUGCAAAACAACUAUUCAUUUCUUUGAAGCAUUUAAAGAACUGUGGUGUUCUUCACUCUGAUAUUAAACCAGAUAACAUGCUGGUGAAUGAAGCAAAAAAUGUGCUGAAGCUUUGUGAUUUUGGUAAUGCCAUGUUUGCGGGGAAGAAUGAGAUCACACCAUACCUUGUGAGCCGUUUUUAUCGUGCUCCAGAGAUAAUUUUGGGCUUGCCCUAUGACCAUCCAAUUGAUAUGUGGUCAGUUGGUUGUUGUUUAUUUGAACUUUACAUUGGGAAAGUUCUUUUUCCUGGCCCGACGAACAAUGACAUGCUUCGUCUUCAUAUGGAGUUGAAAGGUCCAUUUCCAAAAAAGAUGCUUCGAAAGGCAGCAUUUACUGACCAGCAUUUUGAUCAAGAUCUCAAUUUUUAUGCCACUGAAGAGGACCCUGUUACAAAGAAGGCGAUACGGAAGUUGAUUGUUAAUAUCAGACCAAGAGAUAUUGGUGCAAUAAUUUCAGGUUCUCCUGGUGAGGAUCCAAAGAUGUUAACACAUUUUAAAGAUCUUCUUGACAGAAUUUUUGUGCUAGAUCCAGAUAAGAGACUCACAGUUUCUCAGGCAUUAAGUCAUCCAUUCAUCACGGAGAAGAUAUCUGAUUGGGAGAGGCCUCUUUCUUGGCAGUUCUUUCGGUGGAAUAUUUUCUGUUUCUAUUGAUAUCUAUCAGGAUUAUGAGGCAACCAUUCAGUGCUUUAGAUGCUUAAAAGGCACACUGGAGAAGAGCAAUGUAUGACAGGAGAUGUUCAGAUGCAGCCUUGAUAUUGUGAAGUGGAGGUAUUGCUCCAUGCUUCUGCAAUUAUAGUAAGUACUCCUAAUGACAUUUCUACUCAAUACUUUCUCUGAUGAUAAACUGUCUGGUCGUUCAUAUUGCUGCUGUUUAUAGUUAUGAGCAGCAAUGAAGCAUCAUCAUCUGCUUUAUAAAUUUCUUGAAAUGAAGAAUUAGGUAAAGCAAUUAUCAUACUAUUGUUGCAUUAGAAUGUUCUUGUUUCUCUUAUUCUAAAUUCUGAUGGAAUGACCUAAAAAUGAGGCCCAUAUUAUUUUGAGGUUUGUAUCCUGAUCAUAUCCAUCUAUUCUCAGAGUCAAUGCAUGGUGUUGCCACUAUUUAUUGGUGUACUUUUUCCUACUUUUUCUUCUAUAUGCACACAUGCAUGCAUACAAUAAACACACACACACACACGUACAUUUUAGUCUUUCUUUUGAUUUCAUUUAGGAGUGCUUGGUUCAUGCCUUUUGUAUGCAUUAUCAGAUUUGGUUUGGUUUUGAUUACCUUGUUUGUUUUUCCUCACUUCUGUAGUUCUGUUACUCCAAUAUCAAAUUCAAUUCUUUUAGUGAUGACAAAGUCAUUACCUUCCCCAUCCCUUACUUCGGACUUUGAAAAAAAAAGGGAAGUAAAGGAAAUAAGUGAAGGCCAUCAUCCAUGUGUUGGUUGUGGAAUUUGAGUACAUACAUUGUGUGCAUUAAAUAUAUAUGCAAUACAUACUUACAUAGUGUGCAUUAUACACACACACACACACACACACACACACACACACAUACAUUCAUUUAUCAAUUUUGAAUUUGAUUCUCUUUUACUCCAAACCAAACGAAGCGGUUUUACUAUUUUUUUUUACGGUUACCAAGUAUUUGAUUCCAAUUCUUAAGUUUGAAUCAAAUGCCCCCUUAGUAUUUUAUGUAAUGAGUAGCAUUCAUCAUCUAAGUUUUUCAAUAUUAAUCUGUCUAGUGGUUAGGGCUUUGUUUAUUGAAUGCUAAAAAAGAUCCAAAUAUUAGUAUUUCAUGGGUGUUGGAUGAAUUGCCAGUAACUUUGUUAGUGAGAAUUUGGUGUUUGGGAAUAUAGAUUUCCAAUAAUUUUAUUUGUAAUGAUGUUGUGUUGACAUGUCUUCUGUGAAUAACUUUGAAAAUAAAAUGAAAAAAUCAGAAGGUGAAUGUUGCAUACCUGUGUUUGGCAAUUUUAUUUAGUAAUUUAUCCUUAACACAUUGCUAGGAUGCACACAAUUAGCUGUUAACUUGUUCUCAAGCAGGGAACUUGUGAUCAGUACAUAUGUGCUGAAUGUUCAGUACAGAUGUGUUGAAUGCUUAGUUUAUGCUCAAUAAUAUUCAUCUCAAAGACUCAAACAUGAACAACUGACAGUUAGCGAAUUAUUCAUUUUUUAAUAUUAUUAUACGAUCUGUAAAGAAUAAAACAAAUUAUUUGAGGGUUCUUUAGGAAUACCAUGUUAGUUCCAUUUUCUUUCCUUACGGGAAUCCACAUUACCACCUAUGGCAGUAAUGUGGAUUAGCUCACUAUUUUUCAAGCAAAUAUGGUAAUCUCUGUUAAGAAUAAUGAGUUGGAACUUGGAAGGUUUAGUGGUGGCAAGGAGCCAGUUGUCAGUCCAUGACCUGCCGGUAAGGAGAAUUCUCUUUGUGGUAAGCAAGAAAUUAGAAUGGAUUGAUAACUUGAUUUCUAGAUUGGUGAUGAUGUGAAUAUUGCAAAAGCCCAUGUAUUUUAUAUGCUUGAGAGGUAGCUAAGGAUCUCUUAAUAUUUCAACAUGUGUUAAUUAUGAUACUAGGACUGUUCAACUAUGCAUGUGAACUUUGAAUUUCUAGCAUGUGAUAAUUUACGUCUGUACUACCUCUUUCUGGAUCUCCACAUGUAAUCUUGCGAGGUUAUCUCGAAACAAAUGCCCUCAAAAGUUGUGAAACCCCUGUAAAAGGAUAAAGUAAGGCUUUAAAUGAUUCACGUUGCUUCUCUACACGUUCAAGACAACAUAUAUACUUUAUGUUUGGUUUCAUUCUGAUUUACAUCUUGUAUUCUCAAUGCUUUGCCCAUGUAAUAACUUAGUCAUAGCUGUCUUAUUAUAAUUAUAAUAUGCAUCAUGCAUGGCAACUUAAAUGAGGCCUUUAUGAAAUUUUUAUCAUCCAUGUAUUUCCUUAAGUUAGGCUAGGCUGUUGGAGCAUAUCAAUUCCUUGACAAGUUAGAAAUGUUGGGGUCUAUAAUGCUUGUGAUUUUUCUGUAACUGAACCAGUUUUUGUCUAUAGUCGUUUUCCAAAUUAUCCUAUGUACAUCCUCUCAUAACACAGUGCAGGAAGUUGACCUUUUCCCUAAACUUGCAAAUAAUUGAAAUUACUUAAGUCUUCCUCGGAAUGGCUACAUAUGAUUACCUACUUAAUUUUCUUGAACUGCUGCUUAUGGUUCAUAUUUUGCUGCCUUAAUCCAAACUGGUGAAUUCAUGUUACAUUUGAUAAUAAUGCACCCUCCCCUUGAGAUAUAUAGCAUAAAACAGGUGAGUUUCACUUCCUCCUCUCUUUGUGAUGGCUGUAUUGUGAUCUCCAUCCUCAUCCGAGUCACCAUCUAAGACCCCCCCAAUGCUAUUAAGUUCUUAUGCCAUGGCCUGCAGGUGAGGGUGCCAUGCAUUAUCAUUAUCAUUAGCGAAACCUGUAGUCUGUAGAUAUUCUGGCUGGGUAUCCCAUCAUUAUAUAUUUUGCUGACGGUGUUAUAUGCAAGAAAGGUACAUUUACUAGAUGAUCAAGUUAAACUUGAGACAAUUUGACAUGUUGGUUCCAUAUAUGUAGGGUAACAUUCUAUUUUUCUUUCCUGCAGUUUUUUCAUUUCUCUAAAAAAAUAGGAAACUUCUUCAUUAGUAAAUGUGACAUUACAAUUUUCAUUGUGAACUGUUCCGUGUUAAAAAUUGCUUUCCUGACCUAGGCAAGGAAAUGGCAACUAUAUGUAUCUACUUGUCAUUAUGGUACAGGUGAACCUGUUUCCGGAUAUAAAUCCAAAGGAAGGAUUUGUUUUUUUAAUUUUUAUUUUGAAUGUUACUAACUCUAUUACAUUGUAGUAUCUGUUUAUCUAUACUUUCUCAACCUAUUGAAGCACAAAGAGUCAAUAACGCUUCCACCGAGGCUUGAUCUCAUGACUUCCCAUAUGGAGGAGUCAUUAUAUGCCAUCUGAGCAUAAUGUGCUUGACCCAAGGAAGGAUACUUAAGAUAUGACAAAUAAUAUUUUCAUUGAGUUUUGCUGACUCUUAUAGAGGUGAUGGAAGAUGAGAGUCGAACCAGUUUACUCUAGGCUUAUCCAUUAAUCGUUAUCUUUCAUUGACACUGUUUGUAUUCUUAUAGUUUUAUUUUUGGUUCUUUGUCAAGUUUAUCGUUUUGGGAUUGAAAUUAGUUUGGAUGUUUUAAGUUA